AUGCUAUUGCUACUUUUAGUAACAAUAUGGCAAGUCCAAUCUAUACCAACUCAUCGAUUGAAUAUGUAUGAUAUUGAUCAUCAACAAUUAGAUGGAUUUUGUCUUCUGUAUUAUGUAACAGAACGUUUAUCUGAAUCAAUAUCGCCUGACUAUAUUUCUCAUCAAAUAAUUGCUUAUUGUCUUCGACCAUUUGAAAAAGAACAAUAUGAUUUGCCGAAUAAUCAAAUAUAUCAGAAAACUAAUUUUACUCGAUUACGUCAACUCAAUGUUUCAAGUGAAUUGUUACUUGCUUUUUCAGCAUCAAUAUAUAUGGCCGAGAAUUAUCAAAUGUUUCUAAACGAUGAAAAAACUUUAUCCAUGUUGUCUGAAGAUGAACAAGUGUUUCAUACUUGUAGAUCAUCAUGGUUUGGACCUCAAUGUCGAUUUUCAUUUCUUUCAAAUACUGAUAAAACAUUUCGAGAAAUAGUCGAAUUAAAUUUUAAAUCCAAAUUAGAGACAACAUUAGAUGAAGAUAUCACUUGUUAUCAACAUAUUCAUUGUGAAUUAAUAACUUCAUCAACACAUUGUUUUGAUUGGCGUAUGAUUUGCGAUGGAAAAAUAGAUUGUAUAGAUAGUAUUGAUGAAUACAAUUGUUGGUUAUUGGAAAUAAAUGAAUGCUCUAAAAAUGAGUAUCGUUGUUACAAUGGUCAAUGUAUUCCAAGUGAAUUCUUUCAGAAUGAUCCAGAAAAUCCUGAUUGUCUGGAUCAAACCGAUGAACCUCCAAGGAUAUCAGGUUAUAGAAGUUGUCAUCAAGAUCCUUCCUUUCGAUGUGAAGAAUAUACUUGUCAUCCAGGAUCAGAAAAAGUUCGAUGCCGCGAUGGUGAAUGUUCUGAUGAAGAUCUUCUGGCGUGUUCGAAUGAUCCUACGAAUACGGCGAUCGAUGGUAUUUGUUUGAUGAGUAUGCUUUGUUUGAUGAAACUUUACGACCAAGUGGAUUAUGAAAAAUGUCAACUUUUGUGUGCCGGUAUCAGCAAUUGUUUUAUAACUGCAUGUUCACCAAUAUUUCAAUUUCCAUCGAGUACCAUCUUACUUGGACAUGUACGAUUUAUAUUUACGAAUGAGAGAAAAAACAUUAAACCAAAUACAAUUCGUUCACCAGAUUAUGUUUGUUACGAUGAGAAACUUUGUCAGAAUGUUCUUCCAAUUACAGAACAUUUGGAUGGUUUAACUUGUCGAUCUUUUUAUGAAUUGGGACUUAAUGUGACAACAUCAUAUGAUAAUUUAACUUUGUUAAUAGAAGAUAUAAAAACUAUAUUUCAAUCAUGUUCACUUAUAGCCAAUAAAAUCGAUUAUUGUAAUUAUACGACAAUGUAUCUUUGUAAUUAUUCGGACAAAUGUAUUUCGAAAUAUCGUCUUGUCGAUGGCAUUCAAGAUUGUCCUUUUAAUGAUGAUGAAACGUUUGAAGAAAGUUGCGCGCUUGAUGAUUUUCAUUUUCGUGUUCAAUGUUUAAUGAAUCGAAAAAUAACGUGUUUUGCAUCAAUUACGAUAAAUGAUGAUUUUCAAGAUUGUGACAAUGGAGAGGACGAGGAUCACGGUGACUUUCGAUACAAAACACAUCUCUAUUUCCAAACAGUAUGUGAUGGUUUUACAGAAAUGAAACCUCUAUUUAUUGAUGAUCGUUACGAAACAGAUGAAACCAAUUGUGAAUACUGGUUAUGCGAUAAUAGUUAUACUCGAUGUGAUGAAUUUUGGUCAUGUAGAAACGGAGCUGAUGAAGUCAAUUGUCCAUCGUCUAUCUGUCCUAAUUGGCAUCAUCACUGUGUUUUUCCAAAUAAUACAAAUGUUAUUUCAUGUUUACCAAUAUCACAAGCAGAUAAUUAUAUUAUCGAUUGUCUGGGUGGAACAGAUGAACCAUUCCUUUGUCGCACACAACAUCCAGAUCAUUUUCGAUAUCGAUUUCAUUGUGUAAAUAGUACAAUAUGUGUUGACCAAUUAUCACUCUGUGAUCAUGAAACACAAUGUCCUGAAGGAGAUGAUGAAUCGUUUUGCUCAAAAUAUGGAUCAACAUAUGAUGAAUUAUGUUUGGAAUCCCCGCAUUUUCUAACUGAUGUUGAAACAUUUCUUUGUAAAAAUGCUGAGAUUCCGAAGAAACAUUUAGUCUAUUUUACAAUUCAUGACAUGCCAACAUAUUUAUCCAUAUUAGAUAAUUAUACUACGACAACGUUAUCCACUGAAAAUAAAUUACAAACAGUUGAAAUCCAUUCAACUGUUACAACUCGAAAUACCAAAGGAGUAGAAUGUCAUCGAGGAAUUCCUAUAUGUAUUCAGAUAACAAAUACAACAUGCAAAAUACGUUGUCUUUGUCCACCAAGUUAUUACGGAGCUUACUGUCAAUUUCAAAAUCAACGUGUUAGUAUUUCAUUAGAAGCACAAGUCGUAACAGAUUUUCGAAAUAUGUUUAAAUUGAUAAUCAAAUUACUUAAUAACAAUAGUCAAAUUGAGUCGUAUGAUUCUAUUGAAUAUUUACCUAUUCGAGAUUGCAAUACCAGAUUCAAUAUCUAUUUACUUUAUUCUACGCGAAAUAAGAAUUCAUCAGAAUUCUUUUCUGUACGAAUCGAUGCGUUCAAUCAAUUGACAAUGGUUUAUAGAACAAGUUGGAUUUUUCCAUUAGCUUUUUCUUUUCUACCGGUGUAUCGUCUGUCUAUUUUACUCAAAUUCCCUGCCUCUAACACUAAAUCCCCUGUAAAUUGUCCAUAUACUUGUGUUCAUGGUACAUGCUAUAACUAUGUAAAUGAUCGAAAUUCUACAUUUUGUCAAUGUGAUACGGGAUGGUCAGGCAAACAAUGUAAUAUACGAUCUACAGGUCAUUGCGCAAACAAUUCUUUAUGGAUUGAUAACUCAAUUUGUGUAUGUCCACUCGGUUACUAUGGUCCUCGAUGUUAUUUAAGUCGGCCAGAAUGUUCAUCAACAUUGUGUCUUAAUGAUGGUCAAUGUAUGACCGCUGAUGAACGUCAUACAGUGGAUUAUUCAGAUAAACCACAUUGUAUUUGUUCUCAAGAAUAUUCAGGAAAUCGUUGUGAACAUCGUCAAACUCGUAUUGACAUAUCUUUUGAUAGACAAGUGACUAUUCCAUUAGCUUUACUUUUACAUUUCAUUGUUGUUCAAAAAGAAGCCGAACCAAUUCGUAUCAGUACCAUGAAAAACAUUCGACCUGAUCAAAGUGCUCUUUCAAUUUUUACAUCGACAGAAUUUAAUAUUGCUUUUAUCGAAAUCUUUCGCACAUAUUAUCUCAUUAUUCUUCGUCAACAGACAAUUGUUUCAUUACAUCUUUCAGCAAAAAUUCUACCAUCUCAUCGAUGUCGAUCACUUACUGAACUUUUCAACGAAACAUUUUCUAAAGAACAUCUAAUAAAACGUAUUAAAUACUAUCAUAUUCCCUGUCAACAACAAUUGGAUUUAAUUUGUUUUCAUGAUGAUACACAAAUUUGUUUAUGUGAUCUGAAUCGAAGAACAGAUUGUUUUGAAUUCAAUCACAAUACAACUUACGAUUGUCAAGGAAAUAAUUUUUGUGAAAAUAAUGGUCAAUGUUUUCGAGAUAAUAUUAAAUGCCCAACAACGUCCAUGUGUAUAUGUCCGGAAUGUUUCUAUGGAUCGAGAUGUCAGUUUACAACAAAAGGAUCAGUUCUGUCUUUGGAUACAAUUUUAGGAUAUCAUAUUCAUCAAGAUCUUGACAUGAAAAAUCAAUCUAUAACCCUUAAAAUUAUGAUAAUAUUAAUCAUGUUAAUAUUUUUUAUUGGUGUAAUAAAUGGUAUUCUCACAUUGUUAACAUUUUCAACAAAAAAUACGCGUAGUGUUGGUUGUGGUCUUUAUUUAAUCACAUCAUCAAUCAUCUCAUUAAUUACAAUUAUAGUAUUGAUUAUUAAAUUUUGGUUUCUUGUUAUAUCGCAUAUGAAUUUGAUUGAGAAUAAAUCUUUGACACAUAUACAAUGUGUUUGUCUCGAUUUUAGUCUUCGAAUUCUUCUUAGUACAAAUGGAUGGUUUAAUUCUUGUGUUUCAAUUGAACGAACCAUAAAUGCUUUGAAAGGAAUUAAAUUCAAUAAAACUAAAAGUAAACAAAUUGCAAAAUGGAUAAUUCCAAUUUGUAUUCUUAUCACGAGUUGUACGUAUAUUUAUGAUCCUAUUCACCGUCGUUUGACCGAUGAUGAUGAAGAAAAACGUUCAUGGUGUAUAACCGAUUAUUCAUCAACAUUAAAACUAAUUGAUCGUUAUGUUGAUAUGUUUCAUUUCUUAGUACCAUUUUUGAUCAAUAUGAUUUCAGCAUUGAUCAUCAUUAUGAUUGUCACUCGUUAUCGUUCAAAUGUCGCUAAAACACAAUCUUAUACAACAUUUACGCGAACAAUUCCAACGCCAUAA